AUGAACCCUACUUCGCCCUCUGCACGAUUCGUCAGUGGUAGCGGCAGAGCAUCUGGGCAAUCUAGUGUCUCGCACUCGCCAUUGGUGACACAUGAACCACCUCUGAGUGCUCGUCAGCCGCCCUCCAGCUCACCUUUGCCACUCGAAUCAACACUUCGACCCAUAGGCUCGCACCCAGUCACUCAACCUGCAACUUCAGCAGCACUUCAUUCAACCACGAGUAUUCACUCUCGACGAACUAGCUCUGGACCUGGCCUCUUGAGCACCCCAAACUCCCAAGAGACGAGCCCUGUUCCACCACAUUCUACAUUUGGUCCCUAUGGCGCUUCACCGGCCCUUUCAAACGCGUCCAUGCCCUCCAGCAUACAGCCCUACUCAGCACCAGCGCCUUACACGACCACAGCAACGUCCGGACCGCGCGUGAAGGAAGAACCAACUAGCCAAAGCACAAGUCUGUCUUCGUCAUUGAUCCCGUGUGUGUUAGAUCUGAAGUCUGGCUCCUCCACACAAGCAGAGAAGCGUAAAGCGAACAGCGAUGCUUCGCGACGUUUCCGAAAUCGCAAGCGCAACGAGAUGCAGCUUGAGCAACGCCUAACUUCACAACAAGACGAGAUUCAGCGACAUACAGAUGCCCUCCGUCGCCAAGCCGACGAAAUCCGCGCUUUGGUUCAACAACGAGACCACUACCGCUCAGAAAGGGACUUUUUCCGCGACCACGUCGGCCGCUCAAUGUCUCUCAACACUUUUCCUCCACGUCCCUCUUCGCCAGGCCUACAUAUUGACGCCGGGACCUGGUCCGCCGAUGCAUCUCGUACUGCCCCCACAGUUCCCGUACAGCCUGCACAAGCGCCAAGGAUGCUUGAUACAGGUCGACCGCAGGCUUGUUGGCCCGGUAGCCCGGCUUCGUAUUCCCCUGCCCCGCCUGCAGGCAGGAAUCUUGUGCCAUCGGGUCCACCGCCUGUCUCUGGAACUCCUCUACCUCCAUUUCAAGCCUGGUCUCGGCCUUGA